CCACCGACCUACGCUCUCUCCGUCUCCUCUUCUCUUAUUCCAUCUCUCUCCGCUCCCCUCAACUCUCUCUCCCUCUCUCUCUCUCUCUCUCUCUCUCUCUGAAACCCAGAAAAAUGUUCACCGAAGGCCUCGACGAAAAUGCGAUCAAAUGGAUCAAACAGGGAUCAGAAAUUGAAGCGCUAGAACAACAGCAACAAUCCCCACAAGCGGUCCGAUCGCCUCUUGCCGAGAAACUCACUUCCGACGCUUACCCAAUAUCGCCACUGCGCUUCGGCACCAACAGCGGCGGCGGCGGUCCCGCUCUACCUCCGCUGAAGUUCCACACUGGCCUGCUCGCGCCUCACAGCUUGGUGGCUCCGUGUCUAAGCAGCGACACCGAUAACGACUACGAUGACGGCAACGAGAGUGUGGCUUCGGUUUCUGAUACGGGUUCGUCUGCCAAUUACUUUGAGGAAGAGUCGAAGCCAAUGGAGAAGUACUAUCAGGAAGAAGAAGAGGAGAUGUUUGGUUAUAGGAAUAAGCCAAGCAGUGUGUUGAAUAGAGGGUUGUUGAAGGAGGGUCUGAGGGUUGAAUUGCCCGGAAAUUGCAGAAGAUUUACGGAUGGUGAAGUGGGUUUCAAGAAGAAAUGUGCUAUGAAAACUUCGACACCGGGUGCUGGCAAUCAGGUUCUGAAAAGGGCUCAACUUCGAAAUUUCAAUGGCACUGCCCCAAGUGGUGAUGAAUGUGGUGUACUUAGAGAUUCAGCAGCAGACUUGGGAACUCCGAGUGCGCCUCCGAUUUUCGAAAUUGGGAGAGACAAUUCGGGUAAUGAGGAUGAAAUUCAAGGAGGGCAGGAAGCUUCUGAGGGGCUGAGAGAAAGCAAUGCAGCUGAAAAUUGGACCUGCCCAUCAAGAGGAUCAAUGGGGUUCGAUGGGAGUGUAGAGGGUUUAGCAGAUUUGGAUAGUGGUUCUUCAAAGCUUCUCAACUUGGUGAAAGUGAACAAGAGCAUAGCUGGAGAAACAGAAACGAAAGUCCCUUCUUUGCAAGCCAGCCAAUUAGACCAUUCUUAUUAUAAUACCAGUGGUCAAUAUGCCUGGCAAACCUUGGUUGCACAUGAGGCAUGCAUACGCUUAUGCCUACAAGCAUGGGCAAGAGGCUGCACUGAGGCACCUGAAUUUCUACGUGAUGAGUGCCUGGUUCUUCGGAAUGCUUUUGGGCUAAACACAUUUUUGUUGCAACCCAGAGGAGCACAGCCACUAGAAGCAAAGACUAGUCGGAAUACAGAACAAACUUUUGCUCCGAAAGCAAAGAAGGUGGUUGGAAAGAUAAGAGUUGAAGUGAGGAAACUUCGAGUAAUACCAAGAAGGAAACUGAAGAGCACAUAUUCACUGCGAGGUGCAAUGUACAUACAAGCAGGGGCAGAAUACGUCCGUCAUGUUUCAUCACUAGUAAAAACUGGCAUAAAUUCUUUAAAGUCAUCGUCAUUCUCGAUUACACCAGAAGAGCCACUUUCAUGCAUAUUCAAACUUAGUAGUGCCACCAAAGAAACCGAAGUAGAGCCAAGUUCCGCAAUUUGUUUGCACCCUGGAAGCGGUGAUUACCAUGUGUUUUUUCCAGAGAGUCAAGUGGAUGCUCUUUUGGUAGAAGUUCAAGACACGAAAAAAUCAGUCCAAUGUCGAACUACAAUUCCUAUUUCAUCCUUGAAUGACAGCACCAGUGAUAAACUUCGUUGGUGGCCAUUAUACCAUGAUGAUCAAGAAUGUAUUGGGAAGAUUCAGCUCAGCAUUGGUAGUGUGAUAACAAGUGAUGAAGAUAAUCAUAUCAAGAGUGGACCAGUUGCAGAGACUCUAGCAUAUGAUUUGUUGCUGGAGGCUGCUAUGCGGGCACAAAACUUUCACUCCCGGAACCUAUGGUUACAUGGAACUUGGAAGUGGUUGUUGACCGAGUUUGCAGACUAUUAUGAAGUUUCCCAGUCAUACACAAAGCUCAGAUAUCUGUCACAUGUCAUGAAUGUGGGAACUCCGACCACAGGUUGCUUAGAGCUUGUGAAUGAGUUACUAGUACCUAUAAUAAAGGCCAGGAGUCAGAAAUGUUUGACAAGGCAGGAGAAAAGUAUACUGUUAGACUGUGAAAACCAAAUUGAGAGUCUUUUGGCAAAUGUUUUCGAAAACUACAAGUCAUUAGAUGAAGGAUCACCCACAGGGUUCAGAUCCUCGUUUGGUCCAACCCCAGAGUCUGCAGCUCCAGCUCUAGCUCCUGCUGUACAAGUGUAUAUGAUCCUUCAUGAUAUCCUCACUCUCGAUGCCCAGACUAUGCUACGCAACUAUUUGCAGACAGCAGCAAAAAAGAGGUACCGGAAGCAUGCUCUAGACACUGAUGAGUUUGUGUCAAGUAACUCUGAAGGCUUCCUUAUGGACCCCAUAUCCAUCUCGACAGCAUAUCUGAAAAUGAAGAAUUUGUGUAUGAAUAUACAAAAGGAAAUUCAGGCAGACAUCAAAAUCCACAACCAGCAUGUACUCCCCAGUUCAAUUGACCUCUCGAAUAUAGCUGCUGCCAUUUACAGCACUGAGCUGUGCAGCAGGCUUCGAGCGUUUCUUGCUGCCUUGCCUCCAUCUGGUCCACAGCCACAUGUAAAUGAGCUUUUAAUUGCAGUUGCUGACUUCGAAAGAAACCUUGAGUCUUGGAAUAUCAGUCCAGUGCAGGGCGGUGUUGACUCGAAGAAUCUGUUUCACGAUUACAUAAUGGUCUGGGUACAGGAUAUGCAACUUAACUUACUUGAACGUUGCAGGGCAGAAAAGGUGCCAUGGUCUGGCGUGUCAACAAAUAAUUCCACCUCACCAUUUGCUGAGGAUAUGUACGAAAAUAUCAGAGAGAACCUUAUCCAAUACGAGGUGGUACUCAACCGAUGGCCUCAAUACUCCCUGAUUUUGGAACAGGCUGUUGCUAAUGUUGAAAGAGCAAUCAUAAAAGCACUGGAGAAACAAUAUAACGAUAUCUUGACUCCAUUGAAAGAUGGUAUCCAAAAGAGGCUUAAUAUGCAGGUCCAGAAGCUGACAAGAAGACAAUCAGUCGCAAUCUACACCGUUCCUAAUCAGCUUGGAACCUUUUUAAACACCAUGAAGAGAAUUCUUGAUGUCCUUCAUUGUACAUUAGAAGACAUCUUAAAGUCAUGGGCAUCUUUUCUGCCUGUCAUGGGUGAUAACAAGAAGUCACUGUUUGGGGAGCAGAUGAAUGGAAUCACGGUUCUCUUGAGAACGAAAUACAAAAAUUACUUGCAGGCAACUGUAGGGAAGCUUAUCAGCAAUGUGCAAGCUAACCGUAACACAAGGCUGAAAAGGAUUCUAGAGGAAACAAAGGAAGAAGAUGGAGAGGCUGAGGUCCGCGAAAGAAUGCAUCCACUGAGUUCACAGCUUGUAGACUCCAUCUCCAACUUGCAUGAGGUCUUUACAAGCAAAAUAUUCAUCACAAUUUGUCGCGGAUUCUGGGAUAGAAUGGGACAGAUUGUUUUGAAGUUCCUCGAAGGCAGGAAGGAAAAUCGAGUUUGGUACAAUGGAUCUUACUAUGCUCUCGGGAUAUUGGACGAUACAUUUGCUUCCCAGAUGCAGCGUUUACAAGGCAAUGCACUGCAAGAGAAAGAUCUUGAGCCCCCUCGUUCAGUAAUUGAAGCCCGAUCAAUUCUCUGCAGAGACACAGAAAAUGCUACAGAUGCCUCUACCUACUUCUAUGCUUAGCAGGAAGUGUCAGAAUGUCUAUAUUUGUAGCACAAAAUGUAUAUUGCACAAUUCCUAUAGUAUUCAUUCAAUCUUAUUCAAUUUGUAAUAUAACUUUGCAUUAAAAUUCUUCAUAUUAAUAAAAGCAAUAUAAUUUUCA